GAAAUCCUACACCUGCUGAUGCUUCAAUGGUGUCGUAACCACCCCAGAACAGUAGAUGGCAGUAACGUACCGGAAUCCCCCUGCCUGCACCAUAGAGCCACAAAAAGAAAGAAGUUGUAGGUGGCACACAACAUUUGUCCUAAAUCAGAAAUGUCGGUUUUUUGUGUUGACGCAAACUUCUGCCCUGACUGUGGGAACGUUCUUCCUCUACCUGGGGCGUCAGACACAGUCCGCUGUGCCCGCUGUUCUUCCUCUUUUCCGAUAGCAGCCAGAGAGAUCCACUCCACCGUCGUCUUUAACCCCGCGGAGCAGUCGACACUGGCUCUGGAGGACGUGGGGGACGCUGAACUGAAGGGACCUGUGAUCGACAGACGCUGUUCCAGUUGCAACAAAGAGGGGAUGAUUUACCACACCAGGCAAAUGAGAUCAGCAGAUGAGGGACAAACAGUUUUCUUCACUUGUAUACACUGCAGGUAUCAAGAGAAAGAAGACUCCUGAGAAGAAAUGUUGGUCGUUUUUUUUGUUGCAUUUUUUACAUUUGGUUGUGUGUUAAGUUAAUAGAAAAUGUUGUGUGAUAUUAAAAAUAACACAAAAAACAAGCUGUACAAACAUGGGUAGGACAAAGAAAAGGUAUGAACUAUGAAGGUAUUAAAGUGUUGCCUGCAAGGUAGGCUGAAAUAUGUCAAGGAUGUUGAUUAUUUUCAGAAGAGAAGAGGUAUGUGAUACAAAGAGAUGCUAAUGCUACAAUAAAUACGUAAUAACUUAA